AUGUCCGGCGCAAGUUUUGCUUCGCUUGAUACACCCGAAACGCCGACUCUCAUUGUAGUAUCUCCUGUGAAUGAAGAAAAACAGUCGAUUCCAGAAAUUCCAGCUUGGAAACUUCUCAUCAUUUCAAUGCCUCGUUUGGCAAUACGAAUGUCGUGGGCAGCGCGUUGGGCAGCUCUUGGACCUUAUUUACGAACGAUGCUCCCUCCUUAUGCUGUGCAACUGACACAACUCAGCGGACCAUUGUGUGGUAUCUUUCUGGCUCCGAUCAUCGGUGUGUUUUCUGACCGUAGUACCUGUAAAUUUGGACGUCGUCGACCAUUCCUUGUUUUAUCAGCGAUCGCAGGCGUUCUCUGUUGGAUUUUGAUGAGUUACACACAUGAGUUAGGCAAUGCGCUAGGCGACGUUGGGACUGGAAAACCUGGCGAAGUGACAGAUCGCACAUGGACUGCUGUGCUCACUGUCUUUUUCUACCUUUGUACCGACAUCACGGUCAGCCUUGCACAAAUUCCAGCUGUAUUGCUUAUUUCAGACUUUGCUGGCAAGCGACAAACUCUCGGUGCUGCCCUUGGUCAAGGAUGGGCAACUUUGGGUGCAAUCAUUGUGGCCUUGUACACGGAAGCUUUUGUUUGCAUCGGUGCUGCAUGCUACGUAGCGAACGAAAUUCCACGGAAGAAGCAAGAUAUGGAAAAGCGAAGUUGCUGUGGAAAUGUCAUGCAUGCAUUCAGCUCCAUCUACUCAGCUGUCUUCACGCUUCCAAAAGUAUUGAUGAUAUUUUGCUUCGUGAUGUUCUUGAAUCAGUAUGCUUUCGCAUCUUACAAUAGCAACAAAGGCAUGUUUUUCGGCAUCGAAGUUUUUAAAGGAGAUGCCACGAAUGCUGCAACGUGUGGUGACGAGUGCUCAAAACAACAGCUUGACUACAAUCGUGGUGUACAACUCGCUGGAGGUCUUAUCGACCUCCUUUAUUCUAUCGUCGGAUAUAUGUACUCGUGGGUACUUCCUCCUCUCAUCCAUCGCUUUGGAGCUCAACGCAUGGUGACACUUGCAACUAUUCCCCUGAUCUUCUUGAUUUUUGUUGCAUUCAACGACGUCGUAGAACUGAGCGUAGUAGUAUUAGCACUCACGUCCAUCACAGUCAGCACAUUCUUUGCGCUGGCAGUGCCGAUCAUUGUGCAGAUAUUUGGAAUUACUGCCGACAUUGGUGUCUAUGUAGGCGUCAUCAGCUCUGCAAACGCAUCCGGUCUACUACUGAACUUCAUUGCUGGCUCGGCAUUGGUAGAAACGUCUUUGGGUUACCGCCUGCCCGUUUUCUUAGGAGGAGUUAUUGGGAUGGUAUCGUUUCUUGUUUGUCUCUUCUUCUUCAAAAUCAAGAUGACCUCAAUGUGA